CCCAGUGCCGCUGAUCAAACGCUCCAGAGGAUGUCCUGGCUGCAAAGGAAAGCCCUCACAGAGUCAGCCAUUGGUGGAUUUAAACACCACCUCUCUGGGUGUUGGAGCACCGUGCGGAGUCUACACUCCGAGCUGUGCCCGUGGUCUGAGCUGUGCACCUCCACAGGAUGAGCCGAGGCCUCUCCGAGCUCUGCUGGAAGGCAGGGGGGUCUGCAGUAAUGCCAGCGGCGUAAGCCCGACGGAGAAGAUCCACACUGCAGAUCCAGCUCCCACUGAGGAUCCAGAGGAGGCUCCAUGUCGAAAACUGCUAACAAAACUCAUCCAAGGGCUUGAUGCACAUUUAUUUGAUUCAAACCACGACAUCUACAUGCCCAACUGUGACAAGCGUGGCUUCUUCAGAAAGAAGCAGUGUUGGUCAUCUCGAGGGAAGCAGCGUGGAAAGUGUUGGUGUGUGGACGAGAAAGGCAUGCAGGUCGCUACAGGAACCAGAGACAAAGGCCGCCUGAGCUGCUGAGCGGCAUGAAGACUGGACUGAAGCAGAGGAGGAUAAAGAUGAAGGAACAUCACACAGAGAAACUGAUUCAUUUUCCAUCAGCCAGAAACAACUUUCCACCAAUGAAGAACUGUGUCAAAAUCUUAGUAACUUUGUCUUUUUGCGCCCUCUGCUGAAAAUAUUGAGGUUGUAUUGAUCUGAUUUAUUACUUUGGAGAAAGACAGAGACAACAACUCUCUCCCUGAUCAUUUAGCUCUGCAGCAACUCUGCAGAAACGUUUGCACAUUUUCAAGUCGUUUACUUUUUAAGUUCAAGAUUUUAACUCCAUAAAUAUCUUAUGUCAAGUUUUAUAAUUACAAUUGGAAACCUGUUUUUAUAUAACUAGAUAUAUAAACCAUACAUAAGAUGUAAUUUGGCAUUUUGUUUGCACCCAGUAUAUCAUAUUUAUAUAAUAUUUUUCUUACAUUGAAACCACUGUAAUUUUAUUUCUGUUUAUAUAAUAUAUAGAUGUCAUUCUAUUUAUGUUACUUUUUAUAUGAUUUUUUUAUUUAUGCUAAUAUUACUAACAUAUAUGUUGACUAGCUCAUAAGAGCAGACACAAGACAAAUGCACAUGCUGGCAUUAUUUUCAAGUUAGUUUUAAGAAA